CUGUGCGCGAUCGCGGCGCUGCGGGAGCGGCCGGAGCCCCCCCCACCCCAUCGCCCCAGCUCUGGAUGCGGCGGGACCCCCUUGGGGGGAUUUGGGGGGACCCCCCAAAAUAGCUGGGGGGGUCCCGGGGGUCCCGAUGGAGGUGGGGGGGGGGCCGCCGGCUGCGGAUCCUGGAGGAUCUCAACAUGCUCUACAUCCGCCAGAUCGCCGCCAGCAUCCAGGAGCCGGAGCUGCAGCGGGCUCUGGAGCGGGCGCUGCGGGUGCGGGAGGGGGCUCGGCGGCUCCUCCCCGCCUGCAGCCGGCCCGAGCAGGCGCUGGAGACCACCAAGACCCUGGUGCUGUGCGACGCCAGGGUGGUCGCGGCCGGGGGGGAGCUGCAGCGGCGCCAGGAGGCUCGGCUGAGGGGGGCCCGGCGCCCCUCGGAUGGCGGCGGGGCUGAGCGGGUGCCGUGCCGAGGCACCGUCUGCAUCUCAGAUUUGCGCAUCCCGCUGAUGUGGAAGGACACCGAGUACUUCAGGAACAAGGGGGAGCUGCACCGCUGUGCCGUGUUCCUGCUGCUGCAGGUGGGGGCCGAGAUCCACGACACCCCCACGGUGCUGGUGGACCGGACCCUCACCGACAUCUGCUUCGAGGGCGCCGUGCUCUUCUCGGAGGCGGGCCCCGAUUUCGAGCUGAAGGUGGAGCUGUACAGCGCGGGGCUGCCGGGCGGGGGGGCGCAGGGCAGCACCCCCAAAAAGCUGGCCACGCGUCUCAGCACCUCCCUGGGCCGCUCCUCGGGGCGCCGGGCACGGGCGGCCAUGGAGGGGGGGCCCGGCAGCCCCCCGGGAACCGGCGGCACCGGGGCACUGCUGCUGCCCCCGCCCGGUGUGCCGUGUCCCCGGUUCCAGCUCCUGGCCCACGCCGCUCUGUCCCUGGCCCAGGUGCACGAUGGGUUCCGCACCCACGACCUCGUCAUCGCCGCCGACGAGCAGAGCCCCUGCUGGGUGCCCCUAUAUGGCCGCAUGUGUUGUCGCCUGGCGGCCAGGCCGAGCUGCGUGGACACCCCCGCGGCCACCGGGACACUGCGGCUGCAGGCUCCAGGGGCUGAGGGGCCGAGCGGGCCCCCCCUGUUCUGCGUCCUGCGGGGUCCUGGGCUGCUCUGCUACGGCAGCGCUGGCGAGGCCGAGGCAGGGCAGGAGCCCACCCUCACCAUCGCUGUCACCAAGGACACGCGGGUGCGCGCGGUGGAGUCGGGGGGCCGCGGGCAGCCCCCCGGGGUGGCCGUCACCAACCGGCUGGGAGGGGAGGAGGUGACACACGCGCUGCUGGCCGAGAGCGAGGCCGAGGCUCAGCGCUGGCUCGAAGCCUUCGGGCAGCACCUCUACGAUUUGGCCCAGUGGAAGCAGUGCUGUGAGGAGCUGAUGCGGAUCGAGGAGCCCCCCCCGCGCCGCCCCCCGGCCCCACUGCCCCCCCAGGGCUCUCUGUACCACCAGACGGCCCCGCCGGGCCCCCCCGGGACCCCCCCGGGCGAGGGGCUCCUGCUGCAGGAGAAUGUCUCAGCCGAGAUCCGGGCGCUGCUCAGCUCCUACUACAGCGACAGCUAUUGACCCCUCGGAUGACAUCGCGGCGGUGACCGACAUCCUGGCCCGGCACGGGGGGGCUCCCCGUGCGCCGGGACCCCCCCCCGUGGCUGUCGCUGUUUGAGGGGCCCCCCCUGCGCAGCCCCAGCCCCCCCCGCCGGGGCAGACCCCGCACCCUGUCCCUCGACGCCCGGCUCAGCACCCU